AUGAGCAGCUCGCUACUCAGCUCGCCUCGCGAUACGGUCCUCGCCCUCGCGGGCUCGCUCGCCGCGGCGGUCGUCGCGUACGCUGCCUGGUCCUUCUUCUUGCACCCUCUCGCGAGCGUCCCAGGACCUCUACGCGCUCGGCUCGGCCUCGGAGGAUGGUCAACCGUGCGGGCGGCCAAGCGCGACUUUGGGUGGAAGCUCGCGGCCUUGCACGACCGCUACGGCGACUUUGUCCGCAUCGGCCGCAACGACGUCUCGGUCGUCGCGCCAGGCGCCGUGCAGGACAUCUACAAGUACGGUGGCCCGAUCAAGGACAAGUCGCCGUUCUACCAGUUCUUCAAGGUCACCAAGCCCUCGCUCCUCGCGACCCUCUCGCACGACGAGCACGCCCUGGCCCGACGAGGUGUCAGCCCGGCCUUCUCGAUGCACCUCCUCGUCGAGCUCGAGGAGUUUGUCGACGCCUGCUUCGACGACCUGUGCGCUCAGCUCGAGGGCCAGAUCAACAAGGGCGGCGGCAAGGCGACCGUCGACAUGGGCGACCUGCUCCAGUUCCUCGCGAUGGACGUCGUCGGCGAGCUCGCGUUCGGCCGCUCGUUCGGCUUGACCAAGGCCGGGUUCGACACGUCCGCCUUUCUCCCCAUGUUGGAUGCCUACACUGCCUCGUCCUGUCUUUCGGGCACGCAGCCCUGGGCUCGUCGCGUCUUGCAUUGGUGGCUCACGCGCCGUCUCGGUUCCUCGGGCAACGUCGCACUCGGCCAGAAGGCUGGUCAGGCCGUCGCCCUCCGUCUCGACGAGCUCAAGCAAGCGCAAGAGUCGGGCGACGCCGACAGCAUCCGCCGCGACAUCCUCUCGAAGCUCAUCGCCGCCAAAAAUCCCGACGGGUCGCCGUUCUCGGUCGAGCAGGUCAAGGUCCAGGCCAACAGCGCUCUCGGCGCCGGGUCCGACACGACGAGCAUCACGUUCCGCGCCCUCCUCGCCUACAUCGUCGCCGACCCGGCCGUCUACAAGAAGGUCAUGGACGAGCUCGAACACGCUUUCGACGAGGGCAUCAUCGAGUUCCCGAUCUCGCACGCUGCAGGGUCCAAGCUGUUGUACUUCCAAGCCUGCCUCAAGGAGACGCUUCGCCUUCAUCCUGCGGUGCCCUGGAUCCUGCCUCGGGUCGUGCCCAAGGGCGGCGCCGUCAUCGCCGGGCGCUUCUUCUCGGAAGGCGUGAACGUCGGGAUGUCGCCCUUUGUCUUCCACCGCCGCACCAAGGCGUUCGGGCCCGAUGCGCACAAGUUUCGACCCGAGCGAUGGCUCGAGGCGAGCGACGACGAGAAGAAGGCGCUCGAGCGCAACCUGCUCACGUUCGGGUCGGGCAACCGUGUCUGCGUCGGAAAGAACGUUGCGCUCAUGGAGCUCACCAAACUCGCGCCGUCGCUCCUGUACCGGUUCAAGUUCUCGUUCACCCCUCGCUCGCCAUCGUCGCCGCACAAGCUCCCCGGCCGCACCGUCGACGGCAAGGUUGACGAGGCCGCGCCGUGGUUCUGCGAGUCUCAAUGGUUCGCGCACCAGCGAGAGUUCUUCUGUGACGUCGAGGAGCGCGCUGUAUAAGAAAUGUAUUGCAAACGAGCCAUCGACCAGCGA